UUGCUGGUUGGCGAAGCUGACCUCCAAGGGCGGUGCCCGGCCCCGGACAGUUCGCUUUUGGGAUUGGCCGGCGGGGUGGUUCCGCUGAGGCGUGGUAGGAAGUGGUAGCCGUCAAUCACGAGGGAGACUCCAAACAGUGAGCCCUGAGCUGAAGAACAGCGUUUACCGGCGGACCGGCCGGUUUUAUGAGUGAAGCUAUGGCUACAGAUUCUCCUAGAAGACCCAGUCGAUGCACUGGUGGAGUUGUGGUUCGCCCUCAGGCUGUCACAGAGCAGUCCUACAUGGAAAGUGUUGUGACUUUUCUGCAGGAUGUUGUGCCACAGGCUUACAGUGGAUCACCUCUAACCGAAGAAAAGGAGAAAAUUGUUUGGGUCAGAUUUGAAAAUGCAGAUUUAAAUGAUACAUCAAGAAAUCUGGAAUUUCAUGAAAUACAUAGCACUGGGAAUGAACCACCAUUGUUGGUUAUGAUUGGCUACAGUGAUGGAAUGCAGGUCUGGAGCAUCCCUAUUAGUGGAGAAGCACAGGAGCUCUUCUCUGUUCGACAUGGCCCAAUUCGAGCAGCUAGAAUCUUACCUACUCCACAGUUUGGUGCUCAAAAGUGUGAUAACUUUGCUGAAAAAAGACCCCUUCUUGGAGUUUGUAAGAGCACUGGAUCUUCAAGCACAAGCCCUUCUUAUUGCUGUGUGGAUCUGUAUUCACUUCGUACUGGGGAGAUGGUCAAGUCUAUUCAGUUUAAAACACCUAUUUACGAUCUUCACUGCAACAAGCGGAUUCUCGUCGUAGUGUUACAGGAGAAAAUUGCUGCCUUUGAUAGCUGUACUUUUGCAAGAAAAUUUUUUGUUACAAGUUGUUAUCCUUGUCCCGGGCCAAACAUGAAUCCUAUUGCUCUUGGGAGCCGUUGGCUUGCUUAUGCAGAAAAUAAGCUGAUUCGAUGUCAUCAGUCCCGUGGUGGAGCCUGUGGAGACAACAUUCAGUCCUACACUGCCACAGUCAUUAGUGCUGCUAAAACACUGAAAAGUGGCCUGACAAUGGUUGGGAAAGUGGUGACGCAGCUGACAGGCACCGUGCCCUCAGGUGUGACAGAAGAUGAUGUUACUGUCCAUAGUAACUCUCGGCGGAGUCCUCUGGUCCCAGGCAUCAUCACAGUUAUUGACACUGAAACAGUUGGAUUGGGCCAGGUGAUUGUGAGCGAAGACUCUGACGGUGAUGGCAUCAUGGCUCAUUUCCCUGCCCAUGAGAAGCCAGUGUGCUGCAUGGCUUUUAAUACAAGUGGAAUGCUGUUAGUCACAACAGAUACCCUUGGCCAUGACUUUCAUGUCUUCCAAAUUCUGACCCAUCCUUGGUCCUCAUCACAAAGUGCUAUCCACCAUCUGUACACUCUUCACAGGGGUGAAACUGAAGCCAAAGUUCAGGACAUCUGCUUCAGCCAUGACUGUCGCUGGGUUGUGGUCAGUACCCUCCGGGGUACCUCGCAUGUUUUCCCCAUCAACCCUUAUGGUGGCCAGCCUUGUGUUCGUACUCAUAUGUCACCACGAGUAGUGAAUCGCAUGAGCCGUUUCCAGAAAAGUGCUGGGCUGGAAGAGAUUGAACAAGAGCUGACGUCUAAGCAAGGAGGUCGUUGUAGCCCUGUUCCAGGUCUAUCGAGCAGCCCUUCUGGCUCACCCCUGCAUGGGAAACUGAACAGCCAAGACUCUUACAAUAAUUUUACCAACAACAACCCUGGCAAUCCCCGCCUCUCUCCUCUCCCCAGCUUGAUGGUCGUGAUGCCGCUGGCACAGAUCAAGCAGCCAAUGACAUUGGGGACCAUCACCAAAAGGACAGGGCCUUAUCUCUUUGGAGCGGGGUGUUUUUCCAUAAAAGCUCCAUGCAAAGUUAAACCACCUCCGCAAAUUUCACCCAGCAAAUCAGUAGGCGGAGAAUUUUGUGUGGCUGCUACAUUUGGAACAUCCAGGUCAUGGUUUGCAAAUAAUGCAGGUCUGAAAAGAGAAAAAGAUCAGUCCAAACAGGUUGUUGUUGAAUCUCUCUACAUUAUCAGUUGCUAUGGCACCUUGGUGGAACACAUGAUGGAGCCCCGACCCCUCAGCACUGCCCCCAAGAUUAGUGACGACACUCCACUGGAAAUGGUGACAUCCCCUCGAGCCAGCUGGGCGCUGGUUAGAACGCCUCAAUGGAACGAAUUGCAACCACCAUUUAAUGCGAACCACCCUCUUCUCCUCGCUGCAGAUGCAGUACAGUAUUAUCAAUUCCUGCUCGCUGGUGUGGUACCCCCUGGAAGUCCUGGGCCCAUUACUCGACAUGGGUCCUAUGACAGCUUAGGCUCUGACCAUAGUGGACAGGAAGAUGAAGAGUGGCUUUCACAGGUCGAAAUUGUAACACACACUGGACCCCACAGACGUCUGUGGAUGGGUCCACAGUUUCAGUUCAAAAUCAUCCACCCUUCAGGCCAAACCACAGUCAUAUCAUCCAGUUCAUCUGUGUUGCAGUCUCAUGGUCCCAGUGAUACUCCACAGCCUCUUUUGGAUUUUGAUACAGAUGAUCUUGAUCUCAACAGUCUCAGGAUCCAACCAGUCCGCUCAGACCCAGUCAGCAUGCCAGGGUCAUCCCGUCCAGUCUCUGAUCGAAGGGGAGUUUCCACAGUGAUUGAUGCUGCCUCAGGUACCUUUGACCGGAGCGUGACCUUGCUGGAGGUGUGUGGGAGCUGGCCUGAGGGCUUCGGGCUUCGGCACAUGUCCUCCAUGGAGCACACAGAGGAGGGCCUCCGGGAGCGGCUGGCUGAUGCCAUGGCUGAGUCACCAAGCCGGGACGUCGUGGGAUCAGGAACAGACACAGCCCUUGAAGUAGCAGUAGAACCCAUCACCCCUGAGAGACACAUGGCUGUGAAGUGUUUGGGGCUGGGCGGCUGGGAUGACUCAGAGGGGAAUCCUGCGUGCACCCCUCCUCCACGGCUACUUCCGCACAUUCUCACUCUUCCUCUUCCGGGGGAAGAAGCGAGGAGGGGACUUCACAGAAGACACAGAGAAAAAGCUUCAGCGAGAGGGAAGCAUCGAGACUCUGAGUAAUAGCUCAGGCUCCACCAGCGGCAGCAUACCAAGAAACUUUGAUGGCUACCGAUCUCCGCUCCCCACCAACGAGAGCCAGCCCCUCAGCGUCUUCCCCACCGGCUUCCCGUAGGUGCCAGCUACCUGCUUCCGACUGGCUGGCCUAUGCCCCCUGGAGGGAGGAGAAGCCCCCCUCCGACCCUGCCCUCAGUCUCUGCUCCUCUUUCAUCAACCACCUUCCCCAAGCUUAGUGACAACAGCCACCCAUCCUACCUGGAUCAAGAGGAGGCCCUUCUCCAAAGCCCCUGACCUUGAUACACCCUGACCUCUGCUGCUGUCAGUGGCAGCUGUGGCCAAGAGAGACUGCAGCAGCUCAGUCCCCUUCUCUGUUUGCACAUGAUGUCCAGCAUUGGACUUGCUUUUGUACUUUCUAACUGUCCCCACAGGGGGCCUGGAACAGUGACCACCAGAUCUUGGAGCCUGGUGGGGACAGGGAGGAUGGUCCAGCCAGGCAUUUUGGCCUUGAAUGGAUAGUCUCAGCCCCAGCCCACUCCAGGCUGUGAUACACACUGCCCCCAGCUUCCCUUGCUCCGCCCCCCUCCAGCAUGGGGUGAACUGAGGCCCACAAUAACAGGGAAGGAGGGAGGAAGACAGGGAAACCUUCCCCUUCCUCCUUGCUUUCCCCAAUGGCUCAUGGGAAGAAUUUGUCUUUCUUAUCUUUAAGCCCUCUUACCCUGGUCCUGUACUGUUCAGUGAAGGAAACUGGUCACUGAGGCCCUGUUGAAAAGUGCACGUCUUGUCCAAUAAAUCACGCUGCAAUUGG